AUGGAUGCUCAUGUUUUGGAUCAUCACAAAGAGAACAUUCAACCGCUUUGCAGCGGAAGGCCAGCCCUGAAGCUCGGAGCAGCAUUUUCAGAAAAGAAAGGACGCCUCACGAUAGCCAAACAGCGGGAGGAGUUCGAGAACAACCUCGUUUCUGAUGAGCAUGAUGACCCUCUUCAGGUUUACAUCGACUACAUCGAAUGGACGCACAAUCACUAUCCACAGGGAAGUAAUAUCGAUAGUGGCCUCCUCAAAUUGCUUGAAAGAUGCACUUCCAAUUUCAGAGAUACCGUCUACUACAAGAAUGACCCCCGGUACUUGAAAGUGUGGCUAGAGUAUGCUGGGUAUUCAGAUCUGCCCCGAGACAUAUUCGUAUACUUGGCGAAGAAGGACAUAGGCGUGCAAUUGGCUCUCUUCUACGAGGAGUUUGCUCGCUUCUUGGAGACAAAGGGCCUGGUUGCAGAUGCUCGCGAGGUUUACGAGAUAGGUUUGGAGAGAAAUGCUCGUCCACAGCCUCGUCUCAUACGAAACUUUGACCAAUUCAAGGCCCGGACAAACGCACCUGAGGCGGAUGGCCGCUCAAAUAUGAGAGCGCUACUAUCGGCGGUACGAAUGUCGUCUUCUCCGGUGACAGAUAAACCCAUAACCAAAAAACAGAAAAUUCUGGUAUUUAAGGACGAGAAAAGCCCUACGCUCAAGGAUACGGUAUUUGUCUCGGACCCAGCAGCUCGGCUUGGAACAAUUGCAUCCAGAAAGAAAGAAAACAGUAUAGCCGCGCGACCCUGGGCUGGAGAGAUUUACAAGCAGAAGAUCGAUACGGAGAAGCAACCCGCCAAGUUUCAAGUUUUCCGAGACGACGAUGAGCAGCGUGAGCCCAAGAUUGAUUUCGAAGUAGUUAACGAUCUGGACGGCUAUUGUUCGAUUGUGCGCCAACCAGGGAAGCCAGCAGAAAGGGUGAUGGUUAAUUUGGACCUUGUAUAUCCAUCUAAAGGCGAAGAAUAUUGUUUUUCUGAGAUUCUUGCACUAAGAAGAAAGUUUUCUUCUUCCAAAAACAUGCUCGAUGGCCAAACAAAGCCGGAUCGAGAACAGAUGGCGGAAUCGGAACGAAAUGUCCAAUCUAGAGAUGAAAAGGAAUUCACGCAGACAUUAACGAUUCCCCUUCGAGAUGAAGACACGACCCAACAAUCAAAUUCGCCAACCAUGACCAUGUUUUCUCGAAUGACUACAAAGGAAGUUCUCGGAAUGUUCAAUGAGGCCGCACACAACUUCCAGCUGGACGACGAGUCUACGAGAGGAUUUGAAGAGUCGACUAAUUAUGAUGGAUUUGUCACCGAGACUGUUCAGCUAAGUAAACCAGAAGAUGGGGCCCACGCAGCCACCCCACCCACCGAUCAUAAUGACUCCGACGCUGCCAGUUCGCCAUUCUUGGACUGUCCCACCAAUCACCGCCAAUAA